ACAAAAGCCUUAAACAAUUCCCUGUAUGUUAGCUUGGAAGACUUCAUUAUUUCAUACUGUACAAAAUCUUGAAAUUAGAACCAGCAAUCCUCCAUGCUGAUUCUAAAGCCUUAUAGCGCUAGUAGCCUGAAGUAGGACAAGAAUGUUACAUGUCAGUCAUAAUGAAAUCCCACUACCAACUAUGCCUCUCUCCAACCCUGUCUGUAAAAGAGAUACAAGCUUUCCUGAUGAUGUGACUUGACCAGGUAGUUUCUUUUGGGAAGUAGGGUAAAAUUCCCAUGCAGUCAAAGUUUGUUUAAUAUCUCACUGCAUAGUUUAGGCAGAAGUGAAGUACUUCCCAGCAUCUCUGUGCCAGUGGUGGAGGACAAGCUUCAAUCACAGAUUUUUUUUUCCAAAAACCUUAAAGCCCAGUAUAUUAUCCCUGACAAUAAAUCUGAUUUAGAGUGGUUCCCAUGAUUAAAGCCCGACCCUGAGACUGAACCUGAUGUAUUACAGUAUGUGGGGGCCUGCACACACGGAUGCUGUGAACCAACUGGCAAAUAUUUGGACAACCUUGUGACGGGCCUCAUCAUUUAUCUUGCUGGACGUGUGAGUCCUUCAAUUCUUCCAUGUUCUUCAGUGAACCAGGGACAAACACCAAUACACAAACACAGCUCUGUUCUACUUAUAAAGAUAUGGAAGGUUGGCCAAUAGGUGCUCAGUAAGCUAUAUAAGAGGUCCUCCCAGAAAGAAUCUGUACCUGAACACUGGGGAUUCUUUUCACGGACCUGACGGCCCUUCCGGAGAACAUGAUCCCUGCCUGGUCUCUCGGUGUCCUCCUCCUGGGCUACGUCUUUGGAUUCCCAGUCCCCUUCAACAGCACUCAGAGACAAUAUGAAUAUGAGACUCUUCCUCAACUCAACGACACAGUGAGAAACACUACACAACCCUUCAUGUCGAAUGACACAGAGUCCAAUGAAACAGAGAUUCCCUUCCCCUUUCAAAUUAUACUUCCUAUGGAGAAUAUGAGUCCAUUAUUGGAUUACGACCAUGCAAUACCGCCUGAGGUGUUGAUGCAGAGUCAGAACGAGACAGAUAGCAACUCAACAUUAACUACAUACAACAGUCCUCCUUUCCUUGUGGAUAUAAGGGAAAGAAAACUUUCGGGACUAGAAAAUGUAGUAGCUUCUCCAGGCUGCAUGGUGAGUCUCUGUGCCCUGAUUAACCUGGGCCAUGCACUGAACCAGGGCGGGGACGAGAGUGCAGGCGGGGCAACCAGAGACCCACAUGGCAACGGCAAGAGAUGAGCGGAAGAGCAGUGGAGGAAGAUGAGAAGAAGUGUGAUGUUGGGCCUCAUACAGGAGCUGCUGGCUGUGCUCUAUUUGUCUUAAACCAUUACUUUUGUCACCACUGAUCUGGAAAGAUAAGAGGAUUGAGAGAAAUGUGGAAAUAUUGUAGUCGCUCCACCAGCCUAUUGCUUAUGUGCAGCACUUGGUGAUGGAGGAGAGGAGACAAUAGGAGAGGAGUUGUACAGAGGGUGUAAUUUGUGUGUGGUAAACCUAAAAAGUUGCUAUUUAGUAAAGACAGAUUAAUAAUUAUCUUCUUAAAUAAUUUGAGAUUAUCCACUUUUAAUAAAGAAAAUUAUCAAAUAUGUGUCAUUGUGUGACACAGGGCCUGCUUGACAUAAGCGGUUAUCCCCGCCCAGGUUCUCAACUGUUGAGAGUUAUAAUAUUAGAAUACACAAGAUGCAAGUUCGAAAUGUGAUUGUGCAGUCACUCAAGUAGCCAUGUCAGCGAACAAUUUUUAGAUUGGUAAAUUAGUCUAGCCAGGUAUCUAAACUUGUAGUAAUCAUGUCCGAAUAGCAACCUUGGACACAGGGCACGUGGCCAGGGGCCUGUACUCCAGGGGGACCCCAUUGAUUUUGUUAGUCACUCUCACUCAGAUAUCAUUAACAUGGCAUAAGUCAUGGCAAAAUGUGUAGAAUUGCAGAAAUUUAGCUUUAAAACAGCAUAUAGCUUACCAUAUUUCUAUCUGGCCCAUGACAAAAUGAGUAGAAUUGCAUGAAAUCUAUUCUAAAAUUGCAAAAUAUUCUCUCCGCCCCAUGGCAAAAUGUGUACAACUGCAGACAACUUGCUUUAAAACUGCAAUAUUUUCUCAACACCCUAUGGCAAAAUGUGUAUAAUUGCAGGAAUUUCACUUUAAAACGUACAUUUUUUGUCUCCAAUGUCAAGAGGGGGGGAACAAAAAAAUAUUGACCGCUUGGCCAAUCAAAUCUCGCUUAGGGCCCCCAAAAGGGGAACCGGCCCUGGUGUGACGACAUAAACCUUUUGUUACGCAAAUGUUUGGAGAGGUUUCACGAGCGCGCCAUGAUACCCGCACACAUUUUGGUGAUGGAACAUUCAACCCUACAUCUCGUGCAAUUUCUCUUGCACAUUUAAUGUGAUGGAGAUUGUAUUGGUGCUGAAUGUAUCCAGAUAAUAAAAGGAUAUUCCAAAUAUUGAAUUGCUUUGGGUGACAGUUGUGCAUAACCUCAACCCGCAAGAAGACUAGCUGACUUUUGGGAAGAGCAGCGGCCAUGGAUUCUCAAAAACAGGAGUUUUGGAAGGAGGCUAUUUUGAAAGAAAAAAUUGUCAGACUAAAUUGGUUUCGAGAUAACUGGAUCAAACCUAAACUCGUCAAAAAGGUGGGUGAAAAACGAGGGGUGAAACUGCCACAAAUCAACGAACCUCAACGUGAAGCUAAACCGGUGAAAACGCUGACCAGAGAAGGGACGCAGGUCAAAAGUAGAGAUGAGAAGGUCAUUAUCGAUGUGAUGCGGCCGGUUUCGGGAGAGACUCGGGAUGUGCUGUAUGAUGGCUUUUCGGAAGAGGAGACUGGACGCUACAAAUACCUCCUCCUCAGGAAGCGAAAGGAUCCUGAGGUCAAGUACCUCUACCCUAUAACCAGCAACUGGCAGUAUGGAUGGGGUCUGGGUGACAUGAACAAGGCCUACGUCCCGAUGUACGCACUCAACGCCAUUGUGAAAGAGAGCUUUUUCCGCAAGAACGGCGUCUUCCCUCACACCGCCACCUCAGACACCGUGGCGUGAUGGUGCCUACCGGAUCGCACAGGACUCAACUGACAAUACAGACCCAACACCUGCACUGGUUUUGUGAAGACGAAAAUCGUUCAUCAUUAAGCUGAUAAAUAGAAUGUGUAAAAUAAAAGCAUGGUUCUGGAAACUUG